AUGCGUCGUUUGUUGCGGUCCGUGCUGUGCCGCGUGACGCCGUGGCGGCUCUCACCAGUGUUGUGCGCGCCCGUUCAUCAGGUGCAUCACACGUCGUCUGUUGUGGGCAACUCAUCGCCUCUUGCCCAUGUGAUGGAAUUGAUGGAGGCGAAAAACUACGACGGUGUGGUGCAAUUCUAUGAGGCCUCGUACCGCGCUGACCGCAUGUCGCUGCAGGAAUUUUCUGGCGGUGCCUUUCAGGCGCGGGACAUGGCGGUGUGUUUGAUGCGUACUUUUACGGCGUUGGGUCGCAUGGACCGAGUGCGUGAGGUCUUUGCCGCCGGGCUGCGAGAUCUUGCGGGAAAUGGGCAAGGAAAAGACAGUGGCCGUACCGUGUCACUCCUGAAUGCGAAUUUUUUUAACGCCUAUUUGGAGGUGCUGACGCAGCGGAAGAACUUUGCGAGUGAGGAGGUGCUGUAUGUCUUGAAGGAGAUGAAAGCAGCGAAUGUCGUCCCUGACGCGCUGACGUACCAUUAUCUCAUUGAACUGCACAUCCGCAUGGGCGUAGACCCUGUCGGUUUGUGGAACGACAUGCGCCGGGGCUUGGAGUUGCAGCCGCUGCCAUGUACUGUCCAGGCACUCCUGCUGCAAGUUGUCCCUUCGUCGCCGGAUGCGUCCUUUGUGGUGGAUGUCACGCGCGAGGCACUUCGUCAUGGAGGCAACGUGCUGGACAAGCGGCUGCUUGCAGGGCUGAUGGAACAGUGGCUCCAUAACGCGCAGGAGUACCCGCCGGAGUACGUCCUUUGGCUGAUGUUUGAACUGGAAAUUCGCUGCGUUCUCGACAAGGCCUCUUUUGUGCAGUUUGUUCAGAAACAACAUGUGGCGGAACUGCUGCAGCGCUGUGCAAAGUGCGCAGACGCCGUCACCGCUGGAAAAGCCCUCGCUCUGAUGGAUCGGCAUGUCAUGACCAAAACUGCCGAUGUUCUCAGCCUUGUCGUGUGGUGUUGGGCUCAGGCGUUGGAGCUAGAAAAGGCGUUUGAUUUGUUAGAGCUGAUGGCCAGAAAAGGGCAUUUGGAGCUGACAGAUCCAUUUAAAAAGUACACCGUGGAUUGUCUGCGGCAAGUGAUGGACCGUCACUUCAUGAUGGCGCUGGCGGACGCUAUAAGCACCACUGCACUACUAGACCGUGUGCUGCGUCAUUUGCGCGAGCGACGCCGUCGUGGGCAGAUUGUCUCUGCUCACUCCUUGGAUCUUGUCGUGCUUGCCGCUGCAAAGUUGGGCGAGGACCGGCGUGCGAUGUUGCUUGUCUCCGAAUACAUUGCCGAUUGGGGCAUUCAGCCACGCACGAACACGUACAACUGUCUGUUGGUCGGACUCUCGUCGCGACGUGGGGCGUCACUGCAGCGCACUAUUUACGACGCCAUGUUGGAGAACGGCGUCAUGCCAAAUGCCUUUACAUUCCGUGUGCUUAUCCGACAGGCAGUUCUUGCUGAUAAUAUCGAUGAGGCGAUUGAGUUCCUGCAACGGGUGACAUCACACGUGGGACUGCGAGUGGAAGUAGAAAUGGUGCUCCCAAUAUUGGAGCGUGCCGCACGCGCCGGUGACGCGGAGACGGUGAAUCGCGUGAGCAAAUUUGCACUCGAAUGUGACAUUGGUAUUGACAGCGUCGUGUUGAAUGGCGUCAUAAAAAUGCUUACAGAGGCGGGGCAGGACGUGGAGGUGAUCAAAGGGCACCAGCCGCUGCAUGAUGCACUCCGCUCACGCUCCAAGACGGGGCGGCAGCGACCUAGAAGCGAGAUUGCUGCCUAA